CUGCCAGCUUCCAAGUGCAGACUCCGCUCUCCGCCCAGCCCGUCUGGCCCCUGCUCCUUUGGCCAAUCGGAGGGUCUCUAGACGCUAUCUUCGCCCCGCCCUGCAGGAGCGAUGGCUGCCAAGAGAGCACUGAUAGUUCUGGCUCACUCGGAGAAGACAUCCUUCAACUAUGCCAUGAAAGAAGCUGCUGAGGAGGCUCUAAAGAAGCAGGGCUGGCACGUGACAGUGUCGGACCUGUAUGCCUUGAAUUUUAAUCCAUUGAUCUCCAGGAAGGACAUCACAGGUGAUCUAAAGGACCCUGACAACUUUAAGUACCCAGUCGAAUCUGUUCAGGCUUAUAAGGAGGGGCGGCUGAGCUCAGAUAUUGUCGCUGAACAGAAGAAGGUGAAAGAUGCAGAUCUUGUGAUAUUUCAGUUUCCAAUGCAGUGGUUUGGGCUGCCUGCUAUCCUAAAGGGUUGGUUUGAAAGAGUUUUCAUUGGAGAAUUUGCAUAUUCAUAUGCAACCAUGUAUGACAAGGGACCCUUUAAGAACAAGAAGGCCGUGCUCUCCCUCACCACUGGAGGGGCUGGCUCCAUGUAUUCGCUGCUCGGCGUCCAUGGAGACAUGAACGUCCUUCUCUGGCCAAUCCAGAGCGGCAUUCUGUACUUCUGUGGUUUCCAAGUCUUGGAGCCUCAGCUCGUCUACAGCAUCGGACACACUCCAGCCGACGAACGGCUUCAGAUUCUGGACAAAUGGAAGAAGCGCUUGGCAACCAUCUGGGAAGAGAAGCCGCUGUCCUUUGCUCCAAGCAGCUACUUUGAUCUGAACUUCCAGGCGGGAUUCUUGCUAAAAAAAGAAGUGCAGGAAGAACAAGCAAAGAAGAAAGAUGGGCUUUCUGUUGGCCACCACUUUGGCAAAAGCAUCCCAACUGACAACCAGAUCAAAGCCAAGAAAUAGGACACCCCAAAACUCAUUUUCUCCUAAUAAUUUAUCUAAUAAACUUUUAAUUUUUAGUCUUCUUGACCUGCCUCUUCAGGGCUCUCCCCUCAUAUAUUUUUGGGGAUUGAGCUAAGACGAAAGUUCAGUGGCACUUAAAAGCUCCUAGUUACUCUUUGUAUUUGAAUUCUUCACUUUAGUGGGAUCUAAGAUUGUCCCAUGGUGUUUUCUUUUCUAUAUUAAGUUGACUGAUCCUGAUGUAGUUCCUAAUUAUUUUCAUUACUUGGAGUUUACCUAUAAGGUGAGAUUAAGUAAACUUUUUAUUGUUGCAGAAUGAGAGUUGGAAUUUAUAUAGAGCAGAACAUUGUGAAUGUAUUUUAAAAUUAAAAAAAGUUUAAUCACAUGAGUUUUUUCUUAAUUUAUCAUCAAACCAUUUGUGUUUCAAAACCUCCAAGGUAUUUACCUGAUUUAUGUAAACACGAUAGUAGAUUCUAACCUUCUAUUCAACAGGAGCUAUGACUUUUAAGUUUCACUGUAUUUGUGAUUCAGGAUUUUCAGACUCUCUCCCUCACUCUCAAAUGUUUCUGUUUUAUUCAACAUCCAUCCUUUUUUCAUUGAUAAUUAGAUUCAGGUUUACACCAUGUCAUUUUGAUUUGUAUCUUUGGCUCCUUUGUUUUUCAGAAUAUAAUAUUCCAUUCCCUUCUGUGGUUUUUAAUUGAUACAGAGUAUUUGAAUUUCAUUUUCUGUAGGUCGGAAGGUCUUUUGGUUGUUUGUAGAAUUUGUUACUUGCCCUCAGAAAUGGAUUACUUAAUUUAAAUGCCACAUACAGGAUAGGUUGGUUUGUUUAUUUGUUUUCUUGGAAGUGAUUCUGUGGAUUCAUUUAUUGGUGCUUUCUUUUUUAUAUUGAGAAAUUCUACGUAGAAUUCUUGUAUUCUUUCUUGCAUUAUGGUAUUUGUCAUACUCUUUUCAGAGGUUUAUGAUCCCUCAGUUCUUUUUUACACAUCUUGUAUUUAGCUUGUAUGGUGAUUAUGUAUAAAUUUAAUGUUAUUGUUUUUCUUAGGUGAUUUUUUCUAAAUUAUUCUUCACUCAAAUAUAUAUUCAUUCUUAAUCAA